AUAUCAGAUGUUCUCUGCGAUGCUGGGAAGCCUACUGGUGUGCAGUCAGUUUGUCUAUAUGGUGGAGUCGAUAAGCAUCAUCAAAAAGCUUCUCUUAAAUCUGGUGUGGAUAUUGUUAUUGGAACCCCUGGUCGUUUGCAGGAUAUGAUGGAAAUGGGAGCAUGCAACUUAAAAGCGGUUUCUUUUGUGGUGCUAGAUGAAGCUGAUCGGAUGCUCGAUUUAGGUUUUGAACCUGCUGUCCGUGCCAUUUUGAGCCAAACAUGCUCUGUUCGACAAUCGGUUAUGUUCAGUGCUACAUGGCCUCCGGCUGUUCAUCAAUUAGCUCAAGAAUUCAUGGAUCCUCAUCCAAUCAAGGUAGUUGUAGGUUCAGAAGAUUUGGCUGCCAACCAUGAUGUCAUGCAAAUUGUCGAGGUCUUGGAAGAUCGAGCCCGUGAUGAGCGUUUACAGUGCUUGCUGGAAAAAUACCACAAGUUUAGAAAGAACAGAGUAUUGGUUUUUGUUUUGUACAAGAAGGAAGCAUCUCGGGUUGAAAUUAUGCUACAGAAAAGGGGUUGGAAAGUUGUGUCCAUUAGCGGUGACAAGCAACAACAUGCUCGUACUAAGGCGUUGUCACUCUUUAAGGAUGGAAGCUGUCCUUUAAUGAUAGCUACUGAUGUAGCUGCUCGAGGUCUGGAUAUCCCAGAUGUUGAAGUUGUGAUAAAUUAUAGUUUUCCUUUGACAACAGAGGAUUAUGUUCAUAGAAUUGGAAGAACUGGGCGAGCUGGUAAAAAAGGUGUAGCUCAUACAUUCUUCACUAAGGACAACAAGGGACUUUCUGGGGAGUUGAUAAAUGUUCUCAGAGAGGCUGGACAGGUUGUGCCAGCUGCCCUUCUUAAUUUUGGAACCCAUGUAAAGAAAAAGGAAUCGAAGCUCUAUGGUGCUCAUUUUAGAGAAAUAGAUGCAAAUGCUCCAAAGGCUACAAAAAUAAAAUUUGACAAUUCUGAUGAGGAAGAUUGAGAAGCAAUAUCAUUAUUACCAAAGCAACACAACUCCAUUGAAUUGGCUCAUCAUCCUGACAUUCCGUGCAAUCAUUUGGCGGAUACAUGUAGAAGUGGAUUACUGCGGGAAGAAUGCAAGAGAUAUCUCACUGCUCAUGUAUAUGGUAAUUGAAGCUUAAAUCUAUUGGCGCUUCAACCUGUCAUAGAUAAUGAGUUUGAAAUACUAUUGUGUUUUUGUACCUUAAUAUUCUUUUCACCCAUACAGUUGGCUUAGUAAGGUUUUUCUAGGAUCCAAAUGUAGUAAUACACUUAUUAUAAUUUGCCCUUUUAAGUGAUGUAUGUAUGAUUGCACCUUCCAAAUUACUGCACUUGGCAAAAGGUGGAAAAAUA